CUCAUACACCUCUCCCCCCGACCCUCUCCCUCUCUGUGUCACCACGCCCUGGUCUUAUACUGUGCCACCGGCUCACGGAGAACCAUCCAAGAUGGCCGCCACCACCACCCACGACGCCCACGAUGAGAAGGACCUCAGCGUCCACGAGGCGAAGCAGCCGGCCGUCGUCAUCACCAAGACGGCCAUCGGUGACGAGGCCUUCCAGCAGGCGAUGCUGAAGGAGCCGCCUUCCUGGUUCGGCAACCCCAUCAUCAUCCCGGCCAUCAUGGUCGCCUUCUGCUGCUCGACGACCAACGGCUACGACGGCUCGCUAUUCGGCACGCUGCUGUCCAACGAUGAUUUCAAGGACUUCUUUGGCGUCGAAAACAAGGGAAUCGCAGCUGGCAUCGUCACCGCCAUGUACCAGAUCGGCAGCGUCGUCUCGAUCCCCUUCGUCGGCCCCGCCAUCGACACCUGGGGCCGCCGCGUCGGCAUGUUCCUCGGCUCCCUCAUCAUCAUCAUCGGCGUCAUCAUCCAGAUCACCUGCAUCCAGACCGGCAGCGUCAACCAGUUCAUGGCCGGCCGCUUCUUCCUCGGCUUCGGCGUCCAGAUCGCCGCCGCCGCCGGCCCCAUCUACGUCGUCGAGGUCGCCCACCCGGCCCACCGCGGCGUCUGCGGCGGUCUCUACAACGUCAUGUGGCCCGUCGGCGCCCUCGUUGCCAGCAGUGCUGCCCGCGGCGCCCUCGACCUCGGCGGCUCCACGAGCUGGGCCAUCCCCGUCGGUCUCCAGGCCAUGUUCCCCGGCAUCAUCCUCCUCGGCUCCCUUUUCCUCCCCGAGUCCCCCCGCUGGCUCUACACCAACAACAAGCGCGAGGAGGCCCGGCAGAUCCUCAGCCGCCUCCACGCGCGCGGCAACAGCGACAGCGAGUGGGUCAAGCUCCAGAUCAACGAGUAUGAGGAGUUCCUCGAGCUCGAGGGCUCCGACAAGAAGUGGUGGGACUACCGCGCUCUCUUCAAGAACCGCGCCUCCUUCUACCGCCUCACCUGCAACUGUCUCGUCUCGUGCUUCGGCCAGUGGGCCGGCAACGGCAUCGUCUCCUACUUCCUCAGCGCCUUCCUCGACACCGCCGGCAUCCGCGGCGACUCGACCCAGAUGAACGUCCAGAUGGGCAUGAACGCCAUCCAGAUCGUCUUCGCCGCCGCCGGCGCCUCCAUCGUCGACGGCGUCGGCCGCCGGCCCAUGCUCAUCGUCGUCAACAUCGUCUGCGGCCUCUGCUGGAUCGGCGUCAUCGUCCCGGCCUCCAUCGCCAACAUCGUCGACAUGGACGACAAGGACGCCGCCGCCGCCAUCAACCCCAACGUCUCCCGCGCCAUGCUGGCCUGGGUCUACAUCUUCCAGAUCUGCUACUCCGCCGGCUGGACCCCGAUGCAGGCCCUGUACCCGGUCGAGGUCCUCAGCUACGAGAUCCGAGCCAAGGGCAUGGCCUUCAGCGGUCUCUUCACCAACUUCGCCCUUCUCUCCAACCAGUUUGGUGUCCCCGUCGCCCUCGAAGACAUCCAGUGGAGGACUUACAUCGUCUUCUGCGUCUGGUGCUUCGUCCAGGCCGGCAUCCUCUACUUCCUCGUCCCCGAGACCAAGAACCGCACUCUCGAGGAGCUCGACAUCAUCUUCUCGUCCCCCAACCCCGUCAAGGCCUCCACGGCCAAGAAGCACUACGAGGUCGACGCCAGUGCCAACAUCGUCCAUGUGGAGGGCAGCACCGGCCACGAUACCAGAGAGGUCUAGGGAUGCCACCUCCACGCGCCCUCGAUUGCCCUCCCCCAUUUUUUUCAUGUCUUCAUCUUGAUAUCCGACAUUCGUUUUGUUUCGAGUUCCCGGGGGGAGGGAUGGGCAGAAUGAAAAGAGCCCGUGCAGCAGCACUACUACUGCAGCAGCAGCAGCAGCAGCAGCUGCAGCAGCAAAAACCUUUAAUAUCUCCCACGAGGGUCACCGUUCUUUUUUUCCUUCAUCACUUUGGAAUUUGUGUCUUUCCGUUCCGCGGGGGUUCGCCUUCUCAUGGAGUAACCUGACGGGACGGGAGGGGCAGAUAAUAGCCAGGGGCGGAGGAGCACGC